ACAAAACGUGGAGGUAUUUGUGUUGAACUCACAUUCCCAAAAUGCUUUGGGGACUAUUUCAUUUACUUCUUCUUUAUAAAAACAACUUAUUAGCAAUGGAAAGGAAGCUUUUUCUGGGAAAAAUACUUGAUAUGGGUGAUAUUACUGUUGGGACACCUACAUGGAUGCAAAAGCUGCAUUGAAAAAGAAAGGGAAGUUUUGAUGGACCUCAAGAAAUUCAUGGUCUCAAGGCUUAAUGAAUCAGACAAUAAAUUUUUGUCUACUUGGAGUAAUAACACAAAGAGCGACGAUUGCUGUCGGUGGGAGGGCAUUGAAUGCAACCCUACAAGUGGCCGGAUCGUUGGGCUUUCCGUUAAUGAAUACAUGGAUGGCCCUUUUCCUGUCAACGGACUAGACAACUUGAUAGACUUGGAACUGCUAAACCUGAGUGGAAAUAUAUUUAUCGGCACAAUACCAGAACUAAAGAGUUUGACUAACUUGAAACUCUUGAGUCUUGCUGGGAAUAGCUUCAGCGGGCCUAUACAUGCAGUUUGUAAAAUGAAGAAUUUACGGGAGAUCGAUCUGCGAGGAAAUCAUUUUGCAGGUGAGAUUCCUCUUUGUUUAGGUAGUUUGAACAAGCUACAGGUUCUUGAUCUAUCAUCCAACCAGUUUAGUGGGAAUCUACCAUCUAGUUUCAGUAGCCUUGAGUCCCUCGAAUAUCUAUCAUUGUUAGAUAACAACUUCACUGGCUCAUUCGCGCUCUAUCCACUUGCAAACCUCACAAAACUCAAGGUUUUAAAACUUUCAUCAACAUCAGAAAUGGUACAAGUCAAGACAGAGGAUACUUGGCAGCCAAAGUUUCAAUUGACUGUUCUUGUACUACGAGUUUGCAGCUUGGAGAAAGUCCCUUCCUUUCUUAUGUACCAGAAGAACCUGCGUUUAGUUGAUUUAUCUAGCAACAGAUUAACCGGAGACAUUCCUACCUGGCUGCUAGCAAAUAAUCCAAAGCUCGAAGUCUUACAGUUGCAGAAUAACCUUUUCACUAUCUUUCAGAUGCCUACAAGAAUGCAUAAUUUGCAGGUUUUGGAUUUUUCAGCUAAUGAUAUUAGUGGCCUGCUCCCUGAUAAUAUCAGUAGUGCGCUUCCGAAUCUGGUACAUAUGAAUGGCUCGAAAAAUGAAUUCCAGGGGCAUAUUCCAUCUUCUAUGGGUAAAAUAAAGAAUAUUUCAUUCUUGGACCUGUCUUAUAAUAACUUCUCAGGAGAGUUACCUAGAAGCUUUCUCAUAGGAUGCUUUUCACUAAACAUUCUCAAGCUCUCUCACAACAAAUUUAGCGGCCCUUUUCUUCCUAGAGGAUCAAACUUCCUUAAGUUGUCAACUCUUGACAUGUCCAAUAAUUUUUUCACAGGUGCUAUUCCAAGUUGGAUAUCUAAAAUAUUAGAUUUGAAGUUCUUAUUGGUAGCAAACAAUUUCUUAGAAGGUGCAUUACCACCUUCUUUGCUGGCCAUGCCUUCACUUAGAUUUCUGGAUCUCUCUGGAAACCUACUUUCUGGAGCUUUACCAUCUCAGAUUGCUGUGGAAGAUUUGUUCCUACACGACAACAACUUCACAGGGCCAAUUCCGGACACAUUGUUGGAAGGUGUCCAGAUACUUGAUUUGCGGAACAAUAAACUCUCUGGGAGUAUUAAGCAGUUUCUCAAUACCGAGAGCAUAAGUAUUCUUCUGUUGAGGGGAAACAAUUUAACUGGAUCUAUACCAAGGCAACUGUGUGAUUUGAGAGGAAUCAAACUCUUAGAUCUUUCAGAUAACAAGCUCAAUGGUUUCAUACCUUCAUGCCUCUACAAUUUAUCAUUUGGACUGGAUCAACAUGACAUGAGUAUAAAGCUCAUACCUCCAAUUUCUCGUACUCAGAGCUUUCAGUCGGAAUAUUACAAAUCCGCAUUGCUGGUAGAAGAUUUCACGAUUUACUAUGUUACCUUCCAGGAAACUGAAAUCAAAUUUGCAAUGAAGCAAAGGUAUGAUUCCUACACUGGAGAAUCUUGGUUCAGCGAUUCUUAUAGUGGAGCAUCUAAUCCCAAGAAUGGAAUACUUGAUUAUUUGUAUGGAUUGGAUCUGUCAAGCAAUGAAUUAAGUGGUGUUAUCCCAACAGAACUUGGAGACCUCUCCAAACUACGAGUGUUGAAUCUCUCUCACAAUCUUUUGUCGAGUUUCAUACCAUCCAGAUUCUCUAAACUGAAGGAUAUUGAGAGCCUUGAUCUUUCUUAUAACAUGUUGCGGGGAAGCAUUCCUCAACAGCUUACCAGCCUUACUUCUCUUGCUGUGUUCAACGUGUCUUACAACAAUUUAUCAGGGAUCGUUCCACAAGGAAAGCAGUUCAAUACCUUCAACGAGAAAAGCUACAUAGGCAAUCCUCUUCUUUGUGGACCACCAACUGAUAGAAGUUGUGAGACUACAAAGGAAGCAGGUAAUGGAGGAGAAGAAAGAGACGGUGAAGCUGCUAUUGACAGGCUGGUCUUUUAUUUUAGUACUGCUUCAACUUAUGUUGUCGCGUUGAUAUGCAUUCUAGUACUUAUGUGCUUUGAUUGUCCUUGGCGUCGGGCAUGGCUCUGCAUUGUCGACUCUUCCAUCGCGUCAGCGAAAAAGUAUGUUUCCUUAAAGUAAUUUCAGCUCAGUUGUUUCCAUUGUGUGUGUUAGUGUGUAUAUGUAAGUAUAAUGUAUAUGUGCUUUGGAGUUUACCUUACAUGGUUAUGAAUAAGAGUCUCUACACUUUGGAAGA